UAGGUGGUUGUUCAGUUAUACAUUAACCCCUGAAGUAUAAGGAAACAAGGUCUUCAUAGCAAAGAGAACAAAACAGCUCUCAAAGCAUCUGUUGUGGAAUGCAAAGAUUUACAUCACUUUGGAGAAAAGCAUCUGCUAAAUGAGUAAAUGUAAAUGUAACGUGAAAGGAUCAUUAUUUUGUAGACGUACUGCAACUAUUUUGAAGGAUGAAACCAAAUAUUUCAGCCGUAUUUUUAGUGUCUUGUCAGUUGGUCUUUUUUGCAUGCAGCUUGCUCACAGGUGAUGUGAGACUGGUGAAUGGACCGCACAAUUGCACUGGAGAUGUGCAAAUCCUCAGAGAUGGAUCUUGGACAUACCUUUAUCCAUGCAGUAACUACAGUCCAGCACUUGUAUGCAGCCAGCUGGGAUGUGGGAAUCCUGUGUCGUUUUUGUAUACUGAGACUGGAAGAAACACCUCGCAAGUCAACUGCGCUCAGAAUGCGAGCGCCUUCACGGACUGUGGGAUUAGUGGAACAUGUCCUGAUUGUGCUUAUGAUUUGGUGUCCUGUUCAGGUUACGUCCAGCUGGUCAAUGGCUCACGUGAGUGCAGUGGGACAGUGGAAGUGUUCUACAAUGGCCAGUGGGCUUCUCUGUAUGACAUUGGGUGGUCAACAAAUCAAUCAAACCUUGUGUGCAGUCAGGUGGGAUGUGGGCAGCAACAGGGUUCUGGAAGCUCUGAGACCUCUGGAUAUGCCCUGAAGACUGUCUGUUCUGGGAAUGAAUUCUCCCUGACAUCUUGUUCCUUCCAAGAAUGCCCUAGCUGUGCUGCCAACAGCUCCAAAUCAGUGAGCGUGGAAUGUUCGGGUAAUGUGAAGCUGGUGAAUGGACCAGACCGCUGCUCUGGAGCGGUACAGUACUUCUAUAAUGGAUCCUGGGUGUACCUUAAUUUAUCUCCGAAUGGACCAGAUCUCAUCUGCCAACAGCUGGGAUGUGGACUUUCAGCAAGUGUGGCGAAUAUAAGCACGGCACCUGUUUUGUAUGUUUGGUGCAAGGGAACAGAAUCAUCACUGAAGGACUGUAGAAUUUAUUCUGGCAUCUCGUCUGACAACUACAUGGUGGUGAAUUGUUCAGCCUGCACCCAGGACUGUUCAGUCUGUGGUUUAAAUUCUACUUGUAAGAACACAAGUGGUUGUGACUGUUUCUGCAUAGAUGGAUACAUUCCUUCUGAUCCAGUGUGGCAAAUGGGGAAAACCAAGUGUAAUUCUUUUACCAAGGAACUGAGUUCAUUCAACAAUUCAAAUAUAUUGCAGGGUCUACUUCAUUACUUAAAUAAUAUGAAUUCAAAUACUGCAAUCUCAGAGGGGAUAGCAAGCAACUAUUUAACUGUGGCAUUUCAAAGUUAUAACUCCUCAAGCCAAAAAAACACAACAAUCGAUAACAUUCAAGUAGCUGAUACACUUAUGAAGAUCUCAGAAAAAGUGGCGUCUCUUUUAAUUAAUACUGAAGUAACAUGUUUAAAUAAAACUGUGAAAACAGAUGAUCUAGAGCUCCAAGUAAUUUCAGUCGGAAAAGAUAAACCAUUUCCUCCACUGAUGGCUGGUGGGAAUGAAAUGCAACUAGGUGACAUUCCAAAACAAUAUUCGGGUUCAGUCGUUGCAAUAUUUGUAUCGUACACUGGAAUGGACAAACUCUUGGCCAAUAAUGAGACUGAGAUCGAUUCAGAUGUUGUAACUGGACUUUUGAAAGAAAAACCAUCAAUGAAUAUUCUUCCUCUCACAAACCCUGUCAUUUUUACCCUAAAACACACAAAGAUGAAACCAAAAAACAAAACUGUGACCUGCGUCUACUGGGAUGACACGGGAGUGGACAAACACUGGACCGAAUCUGGGUGCACAGCAAUAUUAAGAAGUGAGAAUUUCACAAAGUGCAGCUGCACUCAUCUUUCCACCUUUGCCCUUAUUCUACAGCUGCAUGAUGAAAACCAGGAGAAUGAACUUCUCUCAAUGAUAAGCAAAAUAUUUGAAAUAAUAGGUCUGGUAUUCCUUGCCUUGGAUAUUAUCAUCAUUGCUCUCACGUAUCGGGCAACAAAGGUUGACAACACAUCUCACCUCAACCUCUGCAUCUCCCUGUUUGUGGCUCAUCUGCUGUUCCUGACUGGUGCAGACAAAACACAGAAUAAGAUUUUGUGUUCAGCUAUUGCUGUGGCACUGCACUUCUUCUUCCUGGCCAGCUUUGUGUGGAUGUUUCUGGAGGCAGUUCAGCUGUUCAUGCUGAUGAAGAGGCUGAAAAAAGUGAUGGUCCUCAGGAAACAGGGUCUAGCCUGCGGAUACCUGCUGCUGAUUGGCUACUUUGUCCCUGCAAUUAUUGUCUCCGUGUCAGCAAGUCUAUGCUUCUCUGGCUAUGGGAAUGAAAACGUAUGCUGGUUGAACAUCGACCAAGGUUAUAGAUGGAUUUUUCUUGGACCAGUAAUUUCCAUACUUUGUGCAAAUUUUAUUUUAUUUUUCAUAAUUAUGUGGAAUCUUAGUUCGCUUCUCAGGCUGACUGAGAUGGAAAUGUCAACUGUGAAAGACACCAGGAUGCUGAUUCUGAAAAGCUGUUUUCAGUUUGUCAUUCUGGGCUGCAGCUGGAUCCUUGGUUUCAUCCCAGAAGAGAUAUUUUCUGUCCUGUUCGUUGUGAUCAAUUCUCAGCAGGGGACUUUUAUCUUCAUUGUCUAUUGCCUCUUUAACAUGCAGGUGAGAGAACAGCUCAGACAGUGGUUUGUAUGCUUUGCAAAGAAGCAAGAAGAUGCUUCAGCUAAAUCAUUAUCGACAACAUAAAAUUGUUGACAUAUUGAUGUUCUGAAGGGAGAAAAGUUGAAGAAAGCUGAAAAGAACAUGUACAACUAGAUAAUGUUAGACCGUUUUGAAUCUUGUCACUAUUUCAGACAAUUUUGCAGCCUUGGGACUGGAGUAGGAGAUUUCCUUUGGUUUGGGGUAAUGGUGGUAUAAAUAAAUCUUUUCUAGUUUUUCUGCCUGUUUUUUUUUUUUUUUUUAAAAGAAUUAGCUGUUGCUUUAGAUACAGGUUAUGUGCUAUGCAGAAAAAUGAAGAGAGUAUAAGAUGAAGCACAUCCUGGAUAGGACAUGAAAAAGUACACAGUCUUUGUGCCUAAAAGUCAAAAAUCCUUCUGAAUAGAUGUUAGAAAUAGAACAACCUGCUCCAUACCCUGCAUUUCAAGCUCAGUUGUUUAUUCUGUAU